GGGAAUGGAGUCCCAGAAGCGGUCAACUUUGACCGCCAAGUUAACGGCGGUCAAAUUGACGGGCCAUCCUGGCCUUUACACUGUUAAAUGGUGUAGCGGCUGAUGGAAAUAUAGGAUGUGAAUUCAACCCAAAUCUUUGCAUGAAGGAUAUAGAAUACUGCUAUGACGACAACGCUUUUGGAAGAUGUAUCGGAACUUUUGGCAACGUUGAAGAGGAUGAUCUAUACAGAUAUGAUUUUGCGGAAGGAGACCUUGGUUUACUGGAAAAGGAGAUGAAUAGAUUGAAAAAGAAAGAGUAUCAUUGGAGUAGCACCUAUACUCAGUGCAUUCUACAGGCUGUACUGUUUGCACUCAAGUCUAGGACCGUGUAUGACAGAAGUGUUUGCAACCAUCUGAUCAAGAAUCAAGAUCCAGCUAUUGAAGCUAUUCAGAAUGAAGUCGAGAUGGACAUGGACCCCAGAAACAUGGCUUACGUGAAAUUCACUCCGAGCAGGGUCAACCCUCACGCUGAUUUCGCUGACGAGGUGUACAUGCCACCCCUCACCCCCGAGGAGGUGGACAGGGCUGUGGCCAUCAGAAUGGAGGAGGAGGAGGAGAACGCUGCUCUAGAAAGAGGGAGGGAAGGAGGAGCGCUUAGUGAAGGAGUCUUGUCUUACAACGCAGCAACCAGACCAGAACUACCCGUGCCACCUCACUUUGGCACUGAAACCGUCUUUGCACCUUCCAACGACCUCAAGACACCUUCAAGGCCAUUAUACAAGGCCCUGCUGCAGAAGAAGGCUCCUCAACCGUCUGUCAAAGAUGUCUCAAAGCCACUAUACAAGGGAGAUUCAAGGCCACUAUACACUGCCCUGCUAGAGAAGAAGGCUCCUCAACCAUCUGUCGAAGAUGCCUCAAGGCCACUCGAGGAGGGAUUCUCAAGGUCACUAUACUCGGCCCGGCUAGAGAAGAAUGCUCCUCAACCAUCUGUCAAAGAUGCCUCAAGGCCACUAUACAAGGAAGCUCCACGGCCACUAUACUCGGCCCUGCUAGAGAAGAAGGCUCCUCAACCAUCUGCCAAGGAAGUCUCAAGGUCACUGGAGAAGGAAGCCUCAAGGUCAUUGGACAAGGAAGCCUCAAGGUCACUGGACGAAGAGGCCUCCACGACCUUCAAGGAAGCCUUCAGGCGAGCUGCACCCACCCACUUCAGGCAGGACUACAACACGCCUGAUAACUUCAGGUCCGGUCAGGAGACUAAGGACAAACCUGCGCAGACGGUGGUUGAGGCUGUGUAUCCAGCAGCUGAAGACAACGCAGCAACCAGACCAGAACUACCCGUGCCACCUCACUUUGGCACUGAAACCGUCUUUGCACCUUCCAACGACCUCAAAACACCUUCAAGGCCACUAUACAAGGCCCUGCUGCAGAAGAAGGCUCCUCAACCGCCACUAUACACUGCCCUGCUAGAGAAGAAGGCUCCUCAACCAUCUGUCGAAGAUGCCUCAAGGCCACUCGAGGAGGGAGUUCUCAAGGUCACUAUACUCGGCCGGCUAGAGAAGAAUGCUCCUCAACCAUCUGUCAAAGAUGCCUCAAGGCCACUAUACAAGGAAGCUCCACGGCCACUAUACUCGGCCCUGCUAGAGAAGAAGGCUCCUCAACCGUCUACCAAGGAAGUCUCAAGGUCACUGGAGAAGGAAGCCUCAAGGUCAUUGGACAAGGAAGCCUCAAGGUCACUGGACGAAGAGGCCUCCACGACCUUCAAGGAAGCCUUCAGGCGAGCUGCACCCACCCACUUCAGGCAGGACUACAACACGCCUGAUAACUUCAGGUCCGGUCAGGAGACUAAGGACAAACCUGCGCAGACGGUGGUUGAGGCUGUGUAUCCAGCGGCUGAAGGCUUUGGACCACUGGUGGACUUGGACAACACACCAAACCAUUUCCAUGGCAUCAGAAACAGCCCAGGAUUGACAGCAGAAGAUCUGACCAACCCAAUGUUCAGGAAACAGAGACAUCAUGGUGGUCCACAUCAGCUUUCGUCUGAUCCCAGAGGCUACCCAAAAGGUCCAGAAGAUGAUCAGGAGGAGUUUACCCCUCAAGAAAUAGUGUUCUUGAGACAGCAGUCGUUGGAGCAACCGUAUUCGUGGGAUAUGCCCUAUGAAGAUUGGUACCCUGGGAUGCCGUUCCAGGUGGAACGGUUCCCUGGAGAGGAAUUUAGUGGAAGUCCGGAGGAGUACUACAGGGAACAGAUCCGGAGGACACAUUCACAGAGGAAACAGUUGCAGAUGGAACAGCCCCAGAGGGCCUAUGAAGAUCUGUUCCCUGACAUAUUCUCUGGAAAGGAAUAUCCAGAGGACCCAGAGCAGUUCAAGAGGGAACCUAUUCCAGAGUUCGUAGCAGAUCAGGCCCCCAUGGAGCAGAUAUCGCUCUUUGAGGAUCAGGUUCCUGUCGGGUUCAACCAGGAUUACAAUACUCCUGACAAGUUCAGGCAUGGCUUUGAGACAAGAGACAGUUUCCCAGCUGGUCGGGAGGCAUCGAGUAACAGUCUGAUGUAUGGUCUGGAUUACCAGAAGUCCCUCAAUGAGCCACAACCUCUGCCUGAUCUGGAGCCUAGAGGAUACACUGAAGGUGGCAUGGUCUAUCUGCCUGAUAAGAGUGGAUCAGCUAAGAAUGAAGAAGAGGCAGAAGAAGAAGCUCUAUCGGAAAUCUUGAGUGAUUUGGACCCAGCCAUGGGUUGGGGCUUCAAGAGACGGGAGCGUCUUGAUGUGAAGAAACCAGGACCUCUGUUCAGCACAAACAACUAUGCUUUUAAGACCGAGGAUGAACAGAAAAUGAAGAAAGCAGCUUCAAUUCAGGAUUCAUCAGAUGAUAACAAAGAUAAGGAGGCAUUAUCCAAGGAAAUGCUACAGGAGGAACUGAUGGAAUCUAAUUCUAAACCUCAACGAUUAUAUAAGUUGCCUUAUGAUCUCGUGUCUCUUCCUAACAAGAAAGAGUUACCUAAAGAAGACCACUUGGAUCCAGCCCAGUAUGACGUAGUGGAUACCAACUACGCUUAUAUAGGAUUCCAGGAUAGUGUCAGAGAAUGGAAAGAUGGUAAACGUAUUGUGAAUGCAGUGGCAAGACUUUUACAUAUUCCUCCAGAUACUUUUACAAAUAUCAGAGUUGAUAGGAAUGAAGUUACAUUCAAAGUGAGUCCUAAACAUCACACUCCAGGGAUAAAUGCUUCAGAAGUUGCCAGGAUGAUAGUCAGUAUCAAAGAUCGUCUAAAGAGAGAGAUUGGAGUCACUGUAACUACAGCAGGAGUUGGAGAUAAGGCCAAACUGCCAGCCAUAAUGAGUUUGGUCUCAGAGGCAGAUCACAACCUGUACGUGUUCUCCUUCAUUCUGAUUGGAGUGGUGGGGGCGGUGGUGAUAUCAGCUGCUGCUCUCUACGUCAUCAGACGUCAUGCCGCCUCCAGGGAGAAACUGCAGAACCUGACUGCCCCCGACACCGAGGCUAGCAAGGAUUAUCAGGAGUUAUGCAGGGCUCGCAUGGCCACUAAACCCGCCCAAGAGGCUUCACCAGCAGCCCAGAGAAUUGCCAGCCUUUCAAGGGAAUCUGACAACAGUCCUUCUUCCAGGUCAAGCACUUCUUCAUGGUGUGAGGAACCGGCACUUACUAAUAUGGACAUCUCUACCGGGCAUAUGGUUUUGUCUUACAUGGAAGAUCAUCUCCGUAACAAGGAUAGACUGGAACAGGAGUGGACAGCUUUAUGCGCCUAUGAGGCUGAGCCUUGUGCCAGCACUAUCGCUCAAAGGGUAUGUUUUUUAUCAAUAAAAAUGAUGUUAAAUACGGACCACGACCCCCGCAACCCGGCCUACAUAGCCACCCAGGGCCCCCUCUCGAACACCACCCCCGACCUGUGGCAGAUGGUCUGGGAGCAGGGAUGUGUUGUCAUGGUUAUGCUGACUCGACUGGUCGAGAGUGACGUCACCAUGUGUCAUCGCUACUGGCCUGAGGAGGGAUCUGAACUGUAUCACAUCUAUGAGGUACACCUGGUUUCCGAGCACAUCUGGUGUGAUGACUAUCUGGUACGCAGCUUCUACCUGAAGAAUCUGAAGACUGGUGAGACCAGGACAGUGACUCAAUUCCAUUUCUUGUCUUGGCCCGAUGGUGGGGUGCCCUCUUCUAUCAAGGCACUGCUGGAGUUCCGCAGGAAGGUGAACAAGUCAUUCCGUGGUAGAUCCUGCCCCAUAGUGGUGCACUGCAGUGACGGCAUAGGCAGAACCGGCACCUACUGCCUACUGGACAUGGUGUUGAACCGCAUGGCAAAGGGCGCCAAAGAGAUCGACAUUGCUGCCACCCUGGAGCACAUCCGCGACCAGCGCAUGCGCAGUGUCACCACCAAGCAGCAGUUCCAGUUUGUGUUGGCAGCAGUGGCCGAAGAAGUGCAGGCCAUACUGCGCGUGUUGCCUACUGCUAAGGGUGCAGCAGGAGGAGGUGGAGUGGGAGGAGCAGCUGGAGGAGGAGGUGGAGAGGGGGAGAAGGAGAAGAAAGAUGAGAAGGGUGGGGAGAAGGAGAAAUAGUAAGGAUUAUAGAUAGCCAGCUACGAGGAAAAUUAGAAAAAAUCAAUCCAUUCAAGCAAAGAAUCCAAGGUAAAAAAUUCUUCAACUAUUAUCCACAAAACAAUCUCAGAAAAUUCUCAAAAAUAUUUUGAGAGUGCAUUCAAUAUUUCCCGCCUCUCAAGUCAAACCUAUGUCAAUGUGAAAAUCAGUGAGUAUACAUAAUAUAUAUUUAUAAAAGUAAGAAUAUUAAAGUCUAUAUAUAUAUUUAUAUAUUAUCUGUGUGUUUAAAGAAAGCAUGCGUGGGAAAAGGUUAACAAAAAAUUGGAGAAAUGAUUUAGUUGAUAAUCAUAAUAACUUCAAAUUUAAUUUUAUAUUUUUUUGGAAGGAGGAAAAUUAUAUUAUUUUAUUGAAGAUGAAUAUUCAUAUUUCUUGGAGGAAUAUUGUAGAAUUUUAUUCUAUUUGGAAUUAUAAUGUACAAAUUGAAGCUGGGUGAAAAAUUAUUGUGUCAAUAAAUCUAUUGAUAAAUGAAUAAUUAUAUAAAAACCAACAGGUUAUUAUUCUCAUAUAUAUUGAAUGUAAAAUCACUUUACUUAUAUGGGCUAUCAAAUUGAUAAAAACAAUAUAAAAACUUGUAGUAUUCUUUUAUUAAAAACUUUGUGAAAGAUUUGUUACAAGUUUUUAUAUUGUUUUCAUAUUGAAUGUAGUUGGGGAUAUGUCAUUAAUAUCAACUGAAUUAGAGAAUACAGAUGGAAAUUACAGAGAUAUUGCAUUUAUUCAAAUGCUAAUUAAUUAAUUAAUUAUUAUUAAUUUACAGCAUUUAAUUUGAAUUUUCGUUUAUGAAUUGAAGAAUGUAUAUUCAAUGAGGUUGCUAUACACUGCAUGAGAAUAAUAUUAUUAUUAUUAAAUAUUUAGUAUAGGUAAAAUAAAUUAUUGGCUGAAAAUUGUAAAUUCCAUUUACUGAAUAAGUUAUUAAAACUGUUGGAUGAAAUAUUUAUCCACAAAUUGAAAGCAGAUCUUAACAACAUAGGCAAGUGUGUUUAAAAAGAUGAUGAAAUUUUAUUCUGGAACUGAAAUUAGAAGGCUAUGAGAGAGAAUAAUUGUUGAUUGAAAUUUAAAACUGUUAGAUGAAAUAUUUAUUCACAAAUUGAAAGCAGAUCUUAACAACAUAGGCAAGUGCGUUUCAAAAGAUGAUGAAAUUUAAUUUUGGAACUGAAAUUAGAAGGCUAUGAGAGAGAAUUUAUUGUUGAUUAAAAUUUAAAACUGUUAGAUGAAAUAUUUAUUCACAAAUUGAAAGCAGAUCUUAACAACAUAGGCAAGUGUGUUUAAAAAGAUGAUGAAAUUUUAUUCUGGAACUGAAAAUUAAGGCUAUGAGAGAGAAUUGUUGUUUAAAGCCCAAAACUGUUAGAUGAAAUAUUUAUUCACAAAUUGAAAGCAGAUCUUAACAACAUAGGCAAGUGUUUUUAGAAAGAUGAUGAAAUUUAAUUUUGGAACUGAAAUUAAGGCUAUGAGAGAGAAUUUAUUGUUGAUUAAAAUUUAAAACUGUUAGAUGAAAUAUUUAUUCACAAAUUGAAAGCAGAUCUUAACAACAUAGGCAAGUGUGUUUAAAAAGAUGAUGAAAUUUAAUUCUAGAACUGAAAAUGAAGGAGAAUUAUUGAUUCAAAUUUGUUCUAAAUUACUUUUAAAAUAUUUCCUCCAAUUUUUAAAAACCAGACAUUUAUUGAUAAUAAAUCUAGUUAGCUUCCACCCAUCUUCAUUUUUGCAAAUUAUUGUAAAAAGGAAGAAAGUAUCCCACUUUAUUUUUAUCAAUUACAAUGGAACAUGGAAAUUAUUUCUGGAAGGUUACCUUAUAUUAGUGUAUAAAAUCUUCAGCACAUUAUUUGUAACAAGGUAGUCUCUUAAUUGUGAAUGUUCUAAUUACUAAUAUAUUGCAAGAAAACUAUUUAUUUCCAUUAUUUCUGUAGUAGUAUAAUAUUUUAGUAUAUAAUAUUAUUACAAAACUUGUAUUUUAGGGGGAUAGAGUAUUUAUUUUCUCAGUAUAAACACGCAAGUUACCUUGGAAGUAUAUUAUUAUUAUAUUAUAGUAAAAGAAAAAUAUGAUAUUGUUGUAAAUUAUUUUAUUCAAUGUUGUAUGAAAGCUAGAGUGUAUUGGAGGUAACUUAGAGGCCUAUAUGUAAGAAAAUAAUUGUCUAAAUAUUGUUUUUAUUUUGCUAAAAUGUAUCCCUAUUUUUCAAUUGUUUUGCAAAUAUAGAUAUAUAUGUUAGUUUGCUUCAUAAAUUCUAACCAGGUAAGUCCUCAAAGCUAUCAAAAUCUCCCGCUAUAUUCUAUUUUUAUUGAAAAUAUAUUUCAAAGUAUAUAUUUAAUAUAUUACAAUUUGUAUUCUUGUUUUAUUAUUUUAUCAAUUUUAAAGGGUACUAUAAUUAUAUUUUAUAAAUACAAGAAAAUAGCCCUGAAUUCAUAGAUUUCAAAGUGGGAAUUUGAAAGUUGAAACUAAAACAAAAUUUGGGCAAAAAAUUGAUGAGUAUACAAAAAUGUAAAAAUGAGGGGUACGGUUCAUAUGCCUAAAUUACUCAAUAAUUAUUAUUUUCUCUACAUUAUUGUGUGGAAUUAUAAAAAAAAUUAAGAGCACAAUAUUGUAAUUGAAUUUAUAGUAUUAAUUUAUUUAUGGAUAGUCCAAUAUUUAAGUAAUUUAUAUAGUUGACUUUAUUACUGUAAGGUAGUUCAUUUUGUGAAUAUAUUUUUUAUUUUAUUGAUUGAUCAGAUCAAUAUUGAAUAUAAAUGAAGUACAAAAUCUAUGAAAUGCACAUAUAUUUAUAUGCUUCAAAUAUUUUAUAAUCAUAUUUCAUAUGUCCUCAGUUUUAUUCCCAAUUUGAACUCAUGAUUUGGGAAAAAUAGAACUCUUCAAAUUUUUGAAAUAAACAUUCCAAAUUUUAGUUGUAACACUAUUUCUAUUAUUGUAUGUAUUUGUUUUGUUGUGUUAUUUUGUCAUUGUGAACUUUAGUUUCUUUUUAAAUUCUCAGUCGAAUUUCUAGUCAAACGAUAUUAUGAUUGAAUAAAAAUACAUUGUGCAAUCCUAAUUUGGUUUCAUUUUUGUUAUACAGUAUUUUCUUUUUAACUAACUGUUUUUUGAAUUAGUUUCAUUUGAUUCAUUUUUUUCAUUCUAGUUGUUUCAAGGUAUUUAAAUCUCUGGAAAGAGUGUAUUUGAGAGAUGAUUCUUCAAAUAGUUUCAUAAGGAUCAUAUUUUUAUUUUAUUCUAGAUGUUUCAAGGUAUUUAAAUCUUGGAAAGAGUGUAUUUUAGAGAUGAUUCUACAAAUAGUCUCAUAGGAAUCAUAUUUUUAUUUUAUUCUAGAUGUUUCA